AUGAACGAUCGAUAUGUACCGCCGUUUUGUUCAUGCGGAUGUCACGCACCGCGGCCGAUAAAACCGAUCGAAUUACCGCCGCAUGAACCAUGCUGUUGCUGCGAUUACAACCCCUUUAGCGACAAUGCCGAGGAAUCGGAGAUUAACGAUCUACCGUUCGCUCAACGAAAAUUGACGGUAAUGAAGUGCCAGAUGAAGAAGUGGCGCAUGGAGCGGCUGCAGCUCGAGAGCGAAAAUAGGUCUCUGAAACAAGCCCUACGAUCAUUCGGUGUGAAGCCCGACGAGGUAUUGGGUACUGAUCCCUUGCUCAUGCAUUACCGCGAGGAAAAUGAAAGGCUGCAGAAUGCAAAUGAGGAACUGGCAGAAAAAGUUCGCAACCUCGAAGAGAGUCUCGCUGAACGAGAUUGCUGCGACGAUCCGUGCGAAAAAGUUAAAUACGUGAGGGAGAAAAUAGCAGUACUGAGAGAUCGUUUCGCUGCCGAAAAAAAACAAAUGCGAGACAUGAUAUCGCAUCUGAAGUUGAAACUGGUGGAAGCCGAGGAGGAUACUUCCUGUGCGGCAUUAAAUCGUUUGAGGGCAAAGCUUCGUGAGCUAAUGAAAGAUGGUCAGAAGGUUGAUCAACAGGUGUCCGUGGUUGUCGAGAGAUCAAUGCAGACAUCGGAUCUAUCAAAGAGAUACGAAGAUCUGUUACGAACAGAGCGCUUGCAAGCUGAACUGACGCAAAUUCGUCGUUCAAUGGAGGAAGUUGUUACACCGGUCUCAGAAGAGAUUGUCGUAUCUGCAGAUGCGAAAGAAGAGGACGUAUCGGCACUGUUAAGUCAGCUUCGUAAUUGCAAAAUGCUCCUGGCUGAAUUGAAAAUGCAUUUGGAUGAGAAGACGGCUUACACGGAGGCUUUACGAAGCGAGCUUGAUCAACUGAAAGCGUCCAUCGUCAGACCAGCGACCAUGAUAGACGAGGUAGCCGAGAUGAAGGAAGAACCCGAGAAAUCUGACGAUAAGAAAGAAAUCCGAAAAACACAAAAAUUGAGUAGAGUGAAAAAGGAAAAUAACGAGAUGAAGAGCGAGAUCGAUAAGUUGAACGUUGACCUGUGUCGCGAGGAAGAAAAAUUUCAAGUGGCGCAAAAAGAGCUAGAGGGCAUGAGAGACGAUUUGCAUAGUCUCGGAGCUGAGAAUGAAUUCUUGAAGAAGACAUUGGAAAAUGCAAAAUUGGAGACUAACGAACUUAAAGAAGAAAAUGUUGCUUUGAAAAACAAUCUUGAUAACAUGAUUAAAGAACUGGAAUCUUCGAGAAGGGAAAAUAAUAAUAUUAAGGCAAAGAUAGAUCAAUUAUUAUCCGAAAAUAAGUAUUUAAGAGUUGAAUUAGAAAAACAAGUGGCGGAGACGGAUCAAUUAAAAUCCGAAGGGAUUGCAUGGAAAGAAGGUUUCGAUAGACUGUUACAAGAAAUGGAUAGAUUAAAGGUUGAAAGCGAUGAACUAAAGAACGAAAGUGCUGCUGUUAAAAGCGAAAGAGACAAUUUGACAACUGAAAGAGACAACUUGAAAUCCGAGAAUGGUCUUCUUAAAGAUGACUUGUCUAAAACAAAUGUAGCGUUAGAUGACGCAAAGAAACAAUUGAACAAAUUUAAAGUCAAGAAUGAAGUUCUUACAGAAGAAUUGAAGAAGGCUAAUGUAAAUAAUAACAAGCUAUUCGCGGACUUCGAUAUUUUGCAGAGCGAAAUGGCAAAGUUGAACUCGGAGAACAGAAAAUUGUUACAAGAAAUAGAUAAUAGGAAAGAAGAACUAACAAAAUUAUUAUCCGAAAUAGAAACUUUGAAAAAGAAGGUAGAUAAUACGAGUAAUAAAUUGACGAAGGCAAAUAAUGAAGUUGUAAAUUUGCGGCAGGAAUCGGUCGAAUUAAAUAAUAAACUGAAAGAGGCGAAAGUUAUAAAUGAACAACUAAGGGCAGAUAUUCACCAAACAGAAGUAGAGAACAAAGAUAUUAAGACAAAAAUGAAUAAUUAUAAAAAUGAAAACAGUAGGCUAAACAUAAAACUAAAUGAAUUGAAGGAACAAAUAAAUUCAUCGACGGAUGAAGUAAAUAAAUUAAGAGAACAACUUGACAACGCCGAGGAUCGGAUUAAGUUUCUUGAGGCUCAGCUCGUUAGUUUACAGACUGAUAAAGACAAGAUGCAGAAUGAGAUCAACGCUUUGCAAAAUGAGAUCAGCAAACUGAAAUUAGAUCUAAGUGCAGAAUCUACUGCUAAACGAGACAUUCAAGAGGAAUUAGUGGCAUUAAAGAAUGAGAUGAAAAAUUUGAUCUCAAAGAUCGAUGAGAUGAAGGUGCAAAAUCAUGCCCUAAAAGAAGAGAGAGACACCCUCAAGAAAGAGCUGUUGAAUCUAGGCAAGGAAUCGUUGAGCCUAAGGGCUGCGAAUGCUGAGAUGAUGAACCAGAUUAAUAAUUUAAAACUGGAUAUAUCUGAUCUUCAAUCGCAAUUAUCUAAAGCGGAAGAAGAUAUUGAAUAUUGGAAGUUGGAAAAUUGCAAGCUUAAGAUAAGCUCAGAUAAGUUAUCCAUCGAGAAUGAAAAGACAAAGGAAGCUUUAAACGUCUGUAAGGUUGAACAUCAAACAUUAGAGAAGGAGAUAACGAAUCUUAGAAAUAAGAAGAUUAAGCUCGAGGGAGAAAUAGCAGAGCUUAAAAAUCUAUUAGAAGGGCUAAAUCUGUCUUCAUUCGCCGAAAAGUCUGCUAAAGAAGAGGCUGUGGAGGAACUGACCAAAGUUAAGAAUGAAGUCGUUGCUUUGAAAGAGGAACUUAAAAUACUAAAACCAGAAUUAACUAAAUUAAGAACAGAAAACGAUAAGAUAAGAGAUAAAGAGGGAAAUUUAACCCGACAAGUAUCAACGUUAAAGACAGAACUUGAAAACAAAAAAAAUGAGGUAUUAGCUUUGAGAAUAAACAAUAACACAUUAAAAUCAAAAAUAAAUACGUUAACAGAUGAGAAUAAUAAACUAAAAAAUGAAUCAAAUAUGCUGAUAUUUGAAGUUGAUGGUUUGAAACUAGAAAACACGAGUCUGAGGGAAGAACAACAGAAAUUUGAGAAAGAAUUCGGCAAACUAAAAGGCGAGGACGAUAAGCAAAAGGAUGAGAUUAAAAAUCUGAAAUCUAACUUGACAGCCGAACAGAAAUUAUCAGAAAAAAUUAGAUUGGAAUUAUCUACUAGCCAAUCGGAAAACGAUAGAUUAAGAGCGGAGCUGGAAAAAUUGCAAAAGAAUUUAGAUACUCUUGAAUUGGCGAAUGACAAAUUGAACAGUGAAGUAGAGGAUUUAAAGAAAACAUCGAUCGACGCGCAGAACAAGGUGAACGCAUUGCAGUAUCACGUGGCUGCAUUGUUAGAAGAGAAGGAGGCACUUCUGAACGAGUUAGAUAGUUUACGAGCGGAAGUGAGUAGAUUAGGUAAAGUUGUGUCGGAUAAAGUUGCAAAGGAAGCUAUUGAGAAAAAGGCGAUCGUUUCUAACGGUGAAUUAAUGGAAAAGCUAAAGGCAGAACUAGAUAAAAUGCGUGUGGAAAAUGAGAGUUUAAAGCACAAACUAAAUGACGUAAAUAAACGAUAUGCUUCUUUGAAAGACGAGAAUGCUGCUCUGAAAAUCGAAAAUAUUAAAAUAACAACAGGACUCGAUUUAUUCAAAUCUGAUUUGAAUAAAUGCAGGGCGGACAACGAACGAUUAGCAAUCGAAUUGGCCGCUUCGGAAGCAAUACAGAGAGAAAGGAUGGAAUAUGAUAAAGAGCGACAGGAUUUACAAAAUUUAAUGAUAGAAAACAAAGAAUUGCGGGAUGAAUUAAAAAUGGCGCAAAAUAUGAUCAAUAAAUUAAAAGAGAAUAUCAAGAAAUCGAAAGGCAAUUUUAUAGAAGAUAUCGACAGCUUUGAAAAUGAAUUGAAGAAAUUGAUGAUCGAGAUAGACAAGGCGAGAGUAGAUUUAAGAUACGCGGCGGAAGAGAAUACUAAAUUAAAAAUGAUCAACGACAGUCUGGAAUUAGAACUAGGUCGAUUGAAAACGCUGCUGAACGAAAUAAAAGAUUAUCCUGAACAAGUCGGUGAAGAAGUUAACGGGACGAAGGAUCAAAUCCAAAGACUGUUGGCCGCAAAUAAUGCGUUGAAAAUCGAAAACAUGGAGUUGAAAUCUAGAUUGAAUCAUUGUCAAACAGAGAAAGAGCACUUAAACGAUGAAAUUAACAACUUGAGCGAAAAGAUCAAAUUUCUGCAAUCUCUGCCUCCCAUCGUAGAGGCUGGCGUGAUUAAACCGGAUGAAUGCGGCGACUUCGUUAAGGCGAAUGAAUUACUGAAGAAGCAAAUUGAAAAGCAAUAUGACGCCGUGCAACGUGUGCGUAAUUACAUACAAUUUGUGGAUGGAAAAAUUCCUGUGAGACCCGCGAUGGCGACAACAUUGGAUGAUGAUUUUGAAAUUGAGCGCUGGAUUGUGCCAUCCAUCGUGGAAUUGCUAAGAGAAUCGCAAAAGCUGUCCAAGAAUAUCUAUCUGGCGGAAAUCGAAGUUCAGGAUAUCGAUAGAUUGCUCAAACUACUUAAUGAAUGCAAGAAAGAAAAUGAGAAUUACAUAAAGCAAUUAUUGGCGCUUGGUGUGGAAGUUACCAAGGUUGCAGGUGUGGAUAAUGGCGAUAAGCUUGCAGCUUUUGACCCUGAAUCUUGGUUGAAGUCUUUGACACUAAUGCAACUGGCCGAGUUGCAUGAUAAAAUCUGUCUGUUGACUUCGAAUAUGGUGCAACAAGAUAGCAGUCCAGCGGUUUGCGAUUGUUCAGUGAUUAAUCGAGACUACGUUAGUGAUCGAUUGCGAGCAGAUUACGAUGCUUUAAUUCGGCGGAUCGCUGCCUUGCAGAAGCAAAUAGCCGAAAAGCAGAUUGAGGCGGGAUGGAAACUGCAGGAAUUAAGACGAGCUCUUCGUAUUGAGCAGGCAAACCUGAUUCAAAUCUCCGACCGGAUGAAAAAAGGCAAAGUCCAUUACCAAAUACUAACAAAUAGUAGUCUGCAUCACAAUCAUAAUAGCGAUCAGCUAACAAUGGCUACAGGCAUGUUCGAAAUUCUCUGUGCCUUCGUGGUGAUCUUAUAUUUACUUUAUUAUUAUUUGACCUCUGAUUUUGACUAUUGGACAUCAUGCGGGAUCAAUGGACCGAAACCCAUUCCGUUCUUCGGUAACAUUGUCGAUUUUUUAAUGGGCAAGAAAAACAUGGGUGAUUUUUACAAAGAAAUUUAUGACCGAUAUCCGAAAGAAUCCAUGGUGGGUGUAUUUUUGAGAGGAAACCCUGUGCUCGUCAUAAAAGAUCCUGAAUAUAUCAAACAAGUGUUGAUCAAAGAUUUCACCACCUUUGCCGAUCGACAUUCAAUAGUUUAUGAAAAGGCUGUUAGAUGGCGAUCAUUAAGAAUGAGGCUUUCGUCGGUCUUUACGAGCGGGAAGUUGAAGGACAUGUUUCACUUGUUGCUGAAAUGUUCCGACCACUUCGAGAAGUAUCUAGAUGAGAUAGUAUCUAAAGACAGUAUUGUCGAGUGCCGACAUUUGACAUCUAAAUUCACUAUCGACGUGAUCGGAUCGUGCGCUUUCGGUCUUGAGAUGAACGCGUUGAAAGAAGAGAAUAAUCAGUUUCAGCGUAUGGGCUAUAAGAUUUUCCGCUUUGGUGUAACGGAUGAAUUCAUUGCUGCCCAAUCAUUUGUAUUUUUCGCGGCUGGCUUCGAAACAUCUUCUAUUACAAUGUCUCUUGCAAUGUAUGAACUAGCGAAAAAUCAAUCAAUUCAAGAAAAAGUUCGAAAGGAGAUUAAGGAAGUCCUUGACAGUAUUGAUGGAGUAAUAUCAUAUGAUAGCAUCAAGAAAAUUAACUAUUUGGAAAAGAUUUUUCAAGAGACUCUUAGAAAAUAUCCACCAGUAACGUUUCUAAUAAGGAAACCUAUAAAGAAUUAUACUUUCGAGGGGACUAAGAUCACUCUACGAAAAGGACAAGAUGUAAUUAUACCCAAUUAUGCUAUUCAACAUGAUCCGAAUAUUUAUCCAGAUCCAGAAGUUUUUGAUCCUGAACGAUUUAGUGCGGAAAAUAUAAAACAGAGGAAUCCUAUGUAUUAUCUGCCUUUCGGAGAUGGUCCAAGAAACUGCAUUGGUGCAAGAUUUGCUAUUAAUCAGAUCAAGAUUGGUUUAAUUAAAGUGCUGAUGAAUUAUAAAAUAGAUGUUUGCGAAAUGACUCAGAUUCCACUUAUCCGUGCUCCGUGGACCAAUUUCAUGUUCCAAACAACUCAUGGCAUAUAUGUAAAAUUGACCAAACUCGUCUAACAUAUAAUUUAUAAGUAUUGUAUGCUACAUAUAUA